ACCUCUGAACCGCCGACAGAAAACUCACCAUGUUCGCAUGGGCCCUCUUUAUACCGCUCGUAGCCGGAAGCAUCUUUUUAGAAAGCAGCUUUCAUCGUGUUCCCGAAAUAACCGAAAGGAGCGGAUUUACAAAAACCUACGGGAUAUUUGACCCCUGCAACUUGAACAAACCUGGCAACCGAAUAGUGAGCUGUGCCCAGUUGCGUCGGCAGGGAAAUAACAUUAGCGGAUAUUACUGGAUCAAUCCUCACAACGAAUUCUAUGUGAAAUGUGACAUGGAUACUGAUGGCGGCGGAUGGACAGUAAUUCAGCGUCGGUCCUGGGCUGAACCUGAAGACUAUGGUUUCGAGAGAUCCAAAGAAGAGUAUGAGAAAGGAUUUGCCGGAAGCGCUUCUUCAUACUGGAUAGGGAACGAAAAUAUUCAUGCCCUCACCAGCCAUCCAAGUAGCCAACAAGUUCUCAGGAUCGAAUUGACGAAAGAGAAUGAUGAAACAAUUGUUGCAAACUAUGGUAAAUUUGAAGUCGGUCCAAAAAGCGACGGCUACAGACUGACCUACGCCAAAUACUGGAGCCCUAACGGUACUCAAUACGACGGGCUGGGGUUCCACAACCAAACUAGGUUUUACGUCGUGAAAGAAAAGGAUCGGGUUGAUCCUUGCUCCCAAUCACCGAUAAGUGGUGGCUGGUGGAUUCCAUUUUCUGGUUGCCUUUUUUCGAAUCUCAAUGGGCGGAAAUUAAAAAACAAGGUUCCGAAAAAUACCAGGGGCCUUGCUAUUACCUGGUACAAAAUAGGCGAUGAGAGUUCCUUCGAUAUCGUCUACAAAAGUGUGGAGAUGAAGGUCAGGGAUGUCGACUAUAACUUCUGUACGGGCAAAUUGGCAACUCUGUUCUCUUAUUCCUGA